AUGCUACGCACAGGACUGCAGUGGGGAGCACCACCAUGGGUGCUUAAGAGGUGGUACCAAGCAAUAACAGAAAGAAUUGUUCUCUACGGCGUAGCGAUCUGGGGAAAUACACUCAACGUAAGCAUGCGUAGAUUACUCCUGUCCAUGCAAAGGCUGCAACUCUUGCUCGUCUGCAAGGGCUACAGAACUACUUCAACGACAGCUCUGCAGGUUCUAGCAGAAAUUCCUCCGCUAGACCUGCAAGCGGAAAGGGAGUCGUUAAUUGAAAGAGUGUUAAGGCUAGGUGAGGAUGGAGUUCUAUGGGAACAACACCACUUUGCUGAAGACUUUGAAAAACACAAGCCAGUGACGCAAGGACAUCCGGCUGAAACGCAUCUAAAAAAGUGUAUUCUAGGCAACUAUCAUGGCUAUCCUUCAAGAAGACGCUCUCUUGUUGGGGAUGCAAAGUUUGAAACUGUGAAGAAUAAAGAAGCUAAAGAAUCGUGGAUUUUAGAGGCGAGAAAAAAAUCUGAAGACGAAGAUUUAUCAGAAGAAGAGGUUUUCCUAGUGAGCGAUAUUCCUGAGGAGCCACUUCUCUCACCGCAGCAAGUUAACCUUGUUCUUUCAUUGAAGGAUGGCUUUAAUACCCUUCCUAGAAUUCUUAGUAUUAUACAAUCGUGUCAAGGUUGUAUUGUCCACCUGGAAACAAGAGCUUCUAAGAAAAAAGAAUUUGAAUUUGACAUCUUGGUUAGACUUAACGCUACGAAGGAUAAAGUACUGCAUAUUAUUAAGAAUCUGAAAAGAAAUUAUGUUGAGGAUAUCAAUAUCUUGGUGGAAGACAAAAUAAGUAUCAAAGACCCUUGGUUUCCCCGGCACAUCAGCGAUCUAGAUUUUUGUACUCAUAUUAUGACGAAAUUUGAACCUGAGUUGGAUCAUGAUCAUCCGGGAUUUUCUGAUCCUGUUUAUAGAGCUAGAAGAAAGCAGAUUGCAGAAAUAGCUUUCGAAUACAAGUAUGGUGAAAAGAUACCCGAAGUGCAAUACACAGAAGAGGAGAUAAAAACUUGGGCAACAGUGUAUCAGAAUGUGAAACUUUACCUUCCAACCCAUGCCUGUAAACAAUAUUUGGAUGCUUUUGCAGUAUUGGAAAAGGAGUGCGGCUACAGACCUGAUAAUAUUCCUCAACUGGAAGAUGUAUCUAGAUUUCUUAAAAAACGAACUGGAUUUCAAGUUCGCCCAGCGGCUGGCCUUCUGACAGCAAGAGAUUUCUUAGCCAGUCUUGCUUUUCGCGUUUUUCAAUCUACUCAAUAUGUACGCCAUGGAUCGUCACCGGAUCAUUCUCCAGAACCUGACUGUAUUCACGAACUACUGGGACAUAUCCCAAUGCUAUCUGACCCAAAUUUCUCUCAAUUUUCGCAAGAGAUUGGGCUUGCUUCCUUAGGAGCAGCAGAUGUUGAUAUUGAAAAGUUUGCAACUCUUUACUGGUUCACGGUUGAAUUUGGUCUUUGCAAAGAAGAUGGGAAAACGAGAGCUUACGGAGCUGGUCUCCUGUCGUCUUUUGGAGAGCUACAACAUGCUUUAUCAGAUAAACCCGAGCAUCGUGUUUUUGAUCCUGAAAAAGCUGCUGUUCAACCUUAUCAAGAUCAGGAUUAUCAGGAUGUUUAUUAUGUUGCAGAAAGUUUUGAUGAUGCUAAAGAAAAGUUCAGGCAUUAUGUUGAUCACCAUUUGAAGAGAAACUACGAAGUACGUUACGAACCUUUCACGCAGUCUAUUCAACUCUUAGAUUCAAAUGAAAAACUUCAGUGGUUCUCUGAUUAUCUCCGUUGUGAAAUGGUACGUCUCUCCACUGCUAUCAAGAAACUGACAGCUCAAUGAAAUCUGUUUUUGACUUCAAAUAUUCGGUGUUUCAAAUAUUCGUAACACUUUUGAACGAAGUAUAAUCUCCAAUUGUCCGAAAUAUUUUAUCCAGAAUCAUUUUUCUAAAGAAAAUGGACAAUUUAGAAAGAAAUUGUUAAAUCGAAACUCAGAGCAUAAUGAAUAACAAAAUCCUCAACAUUUCUAACAGAAUUAUCCUAAAUAUAUGAUAAUUUAUUACGGAUAUUGCUAAAAGUAAAUUUAAAAGCAAUCAAUUAUUUCUCUCUGCAUUUUUUAUUCUUCUCAUAUUUCAUUUUAUCUUUGUGUCAUCUUAUAUUAUUAGCCAUGUAUAAUUUAAAACAUAAUAAUUAUAACCUGUCUUACCUUGCUGUUUUUUAACCUUUAUAAAAUAUCAUUAUUAAGUAAUGAAAGAAAAAUUGUAUAAUUUAGUUCAAGAAUUGUAUUAUAUUUGUAUUCUUACUUGAAAUAAAAACUCUAAAAAGAGCUGACAUGUACUUGAUUAAGUAGGGAAAUUUUAUUAUUCACGAAUACUUUUCGCGCAAUGGAUGUUAUACUACAUAAUUAACAUAUGUUACUCAUAGAGGAUUUAGGUAUAGCAUCUUUAAAUGUUGUGAUAACUAUCCUUAUUAUUGAGAUCGUUUUGAAAGCCAUCUUAAGAUAAAUUGAUGGUGUAUUGCAUUUUGUUAUACAAUAAUGCUAUUCAUGCUUAAACUUCUAGUAGCAAAAUAUACGUGUGUAAAGAGAAAUACAUGGUAGAAUCCUAUAACUUCUUGCAUAUUAUUGUUAUUCUACGUCGUACUGAAGAUUAGAGGUUAAUAUCUCAAUUUUCACUGCAAAAUUAAUAAUAAAUGUUUCAUACCAUAAAUGUAAUUUACAUAAUCUUGCUCAUUGGAACUUUAAUCUCAGUGCUUCUGUUAUUAUAUACAAAUCAUUAAAACGUAUAAAAAUAUAAGGCAGAAAUUAGAAUUAUUGUUAUUCAUAUGUAUACUGUAUUAAUGUUCCUGAUUUCAUGUAUUUAUUUUCUAAAAUUUGGAAGCAUGUUUUAUAAGACUUUUUCAAAGAUAUAUAUAUAUGUAUAUGUAUAUAUGUGUGUGUAUGUGUAUUUGUAGGUUAUUUUGUUCAGAAGCAUUUUAAUUCUUUUUAAUGUAAAUUGAACUGAACACGUUGUGUUUUUUGUUGAGAAAUGAAUAGUAAUCCCGACAAGUAAUCAAUCGGUAGAUAAUAAUAAGCAUAUGCAGUGACACUCCUUUAUCAAUAGAGGUCAAUAUGUUUGCUUUCAACUUUUCUACCCAUCAGCCAAUUUCAGAUCUUUAUUAACUAACUUUUAAUGUUCUCAAUAAUGCUUUAAUCUGUCAGGAAAUAGAAAUUAUUCAGAAAUGCAUAAAUGCGUAUGCUUGAUAUUUUGGACUGUAAUAGAAGUUUCACUUAUCUUAUAAAAGAUGUGCAGAGUUGACAUAUUGUAAUUUGUAACGUAAUUGUUCAAAUAAAUGUAAAGCAUUCGAAAAGA